CAAUACUGCAAUGUGCAUCAGCAGUGAAUUUUCAAUUCUUAAUUUUCAUCAAAUUAUCAUAAUUCAGACACCGGCGGCACCAUCCGGACUCCAGUCCGACACUUGCGCGUGUUUGUAUUUACUGGCAAGAACUUGUGUAGCUUUUUGGAUUUGUUAACGAAAUACUGUUUUGUAACAAGCUAAUCUGUAAUGUAGCGUGAUGUACUUUAACAAUUUCUGACAGUUGAAAAACAUAGCUUUAGCAGGCUCACAGAUGAAAAUUGAUGAUUAACAUGAUUACAGUUUAAUUCAUAAUCAAACCUGAACGUUACCUCUUUAAUCUGAAGGAAAAAUGGUUUCCAUCUUGUGUUACAUUCUCCUGCCAGUAGUAUUGAUUGCUGGAUUGUUGAGGAAAUGUAGAGAAUACUCGUGGGGAAGAUGCAAGAGCAAAAGUAAUUUGGAAGGCCGCGUCUUCAUAGUGACUGGCAGUAAUUCUGGUAUUGGAAAAGAAGUGGCCAAAGAACUUGCUAAAAGAAAAGCUACCGUUAUAUUAGCAUGUAGAAAUUUACAAGCUGCUAAGGCUACAGCUAUCGAGAUACGUCACAUAGCACCAGAUGCACAGCUUAUUUCCAUGGAACUUGAUCUUGCUUCAAUGACAUCGAUAAGACACUUUGCUGCAGAAGUAUUGAAAAAUUUUCGGGAAAUCCAUGUGCUUAUCAAUAACGCAGGUGUGUACGCAACAGACACAGCUUUAACCAAAGAUGGAUUUGAACUUCAUUUUGGUGUUAAUCAUUUGGGACACUUUUUAUUGACAAAUUUAUUGCUGGACCGGUUAAAGCAAUCCGCACCAAGCAGAGUGGUUGUAGUGACCUCAAAAUUAUUAGAAUCUGGUGUGAUUGAUUUUAACAAUCUGAAUGGGGAAAAAUGUUUACCAGUCAAGGGUCGUAUGAAUCCUGGGUAUUGCAACUCCAAAUUAGCAAAUGCUUACUUUGCUACCGAACUUGCCAGUAGAACUGAAGGCAGUGGUGUUAGCAUUUAUAUAGUUUGUCCAGGGUUUGUUUACACUGGGCUUUUUAGACAUGUAAAAAGAAGUUGGCUACACUACAUAUUAUUUUCUCCUGUGGCAUUGCUGUUUUUAAGAACACCAAAUCAGGGCGCACAGACUUUGUUAUAUUGCGCUACUGACCCAGAUUUAGCUGAUGAAAGUGGUAAACUAUAUCGCGAUUGUAAAGUUUACAAUUCGAAAAAAAAACUGGAACCUGAAGUAGCUCACAGACUUUGGGAAGUAAGCAAACAAUUGACUGGCCUUGAGGAAACCUCCUAAUUUUAUAACUCAGCAAUAUAUUGUCGUAAGUGCUGAUAAUUUAAAAAUACGAAGGAACUUCCUAAUGUAUACUUUUUGUUUUGUUCUGUGAUCAAGGAUCCAAAUUUAUACCAGAUGAUGUGUUGCUUAGUUAUUACACUUAAGAGAACUUUAACAGUGGCCAAUAGUAUUUUAAAAACAAAUAAGUUACAAUUCAUACGAUACUAAGAGUAAAAAAAUUCCUGUCUCUUUCAUCACGAAAAUGAAACGAUGGAGCAGCUGCUAAAAAAAUAGACGACGAUCUCCUCUAAACUAUAGGCAAUUACGUUUGAUCUGAAGACAAAAGUAUAGAAACAAUAGCUGAGAAAGAAAAAAAAAUAGUAAAUAGUUUUUUCACGUUAGUUGUACCAUUUUAUGUUAAAGAAAAUAAAGUUACCAUACAGUGCCAAAUAUUUUUAUAUAGUGCCAUUAGUAUGUAAUUAGAUAUAUUAGUUUUUUUUUGCUAGUAACAAUGUUAGACUUUUCUACAAUACUGACGUGACAUUUAUUUUCAAUUGUAAGCAACUGCAUUUCAUUUCAUGGGAUUAUACAGGUAGAUAAAUCACUAAAAUUUGUAUUGAAACAUAUUUAUUAAAUAAAACUUGGAAUUUCA